CCACUUGGGCUCCGCUGCCAGGGGGCGGGCAGGGGCUGGUUCUGCCUGGGGCCAGGCCCAUAUUAACCUGUGCCCGUCUGGGGGCCAGAGGGGCAGGCCUGCGCACUGGGAGGCCGUUGUGGCAGCGGAGCAGAGAAGUGCAAGAGUCAUGGCCUCGAGCACAGGUGACCAGAGCCAGGCGGUGAGGAACGGACUGAGGACGAAGGUGCUGACGCUGCACAGCAUGAAUCCACGUGUGCGGCGAGUGGAGUACGCAGUGCGUGGCCCCAUAGUGCAGCGAGCCCUGGAACUGGAGCAGGAGCUGCGCCAGGGUGUGAAGAAGCCUUUCACCGAGGUCAUUCGUGCCAACAUCGGGGACGCACAGGCUAUGGGGCAGAGGCCCAUCACCUUCCUGCGCCAGGUCCUGGCUCUCUGUGUCAACCCCGAUCUUCUGACCAGCCCCAGCUUCCCUGACGAUGCCAAGAAGAGGGCGGAGCGCAUCCUGCAGGCGUGUGGGGGCCACAGCCUGGGGGCCUACAGCGUCAGCUCUGGCAUCCAGCUGAUCCGGGAGGACGUGGCGCAGUACAUUGAGAGGCGCGACGGAGGCAUCCCUGCGGACCCCAACAAUGUCUUCCUGUCCACGGGGGCCAGCGACGCCAUCGUGACGGUGCUGAAGCUGCUGGUGGCCGGCGAGGGCCACACACGCACGGGUGUGCUCAUCCCCAUCCCCCAGUACCCACUCUACUCGGCCACACUGGCAGAGCUGGGCGCAGUGCAGGUGGAUUACUACCUGGACGAGGAACGCGCCUGGGCGUUGGACGUGUCCGAGCUUCACCGUGCGCUGUGCCAGGCGCGUGGCCACUGCCACCCUCGUGCGCUGUGUGUCAUCAACCCCGGCAACCCCACUGGGCAGGUGCAGACCCGCGAGUGCAUCGAGGCUGUGAUCCGCUUUGCCUUCGAAGAGCGGCUCUUUCUGCUGGCGGAUGAGGUGUACCAGGACAACGUGUACGCCGCGGGCUCCCAGUUCCACUCAUUCAAGAAGGUGCUCAUGGAGAUGGGGCCACCCUACGCCGGGCAGCAGGAGCUUGCCUCCUUCCACUCCACCUCCAAGGGCUACAUGGGCGAGUGCGGGUUCCGCGGUGGCUAUGUGGAGGUGGUGAACAUGGACGCCGCGGUGCAGCAGCAGAUGCUGAAGCUGAUGAGUGUGCGGCUGUGCCCGCCGGUGCCAGGCCAGGCCCUGCUGGACCUGGUGGUCAGCCCGCCCGCGCCCACUGACCCCUCCUUCGCGCAGUUCCAGGCUGAGAGGCAGGCAGUGCUGGCCGAGCUGGCGGCCAAAGCCAAGCUCACCGAGCAGGUCUUCAACGAGGCUCCCGGCAUCAGCUGCAACCCAGUGCAGGGCGCCAUGUACUCCUUCCCGCGCGUGCAGCUGCCCCCGCGGGCAGUGGAGCGCGCUCAGGAGCUGGGCCUGGCCCCCGACAUGUUCUUCUGCCUGCGACUCCUGGAGGAGACCGGCAUCUGCGUGGUGCCCGGGAGCGGCUUUGGGCAGCGAGAAGGCACCUACCACUUCCGGAUGACCAUUCUGCCCCCCUUGGAGAAACUGCGGCUGCUGCUGGAGAAGCUGAGCAGAUUUCAUGCCAAAUUCACCCUCGAGUACUCCUGAGCCCAGCCGGGGCCAGGCUGGGCGCCCCGGACUGUGUGCUCAGGGGCCGUGGGGGCUCUGGAGCCCACUGUACUUGCUCUUGCUGCCUGGUGGGCAGAGCGGGGGGGCUGGGCCCCUGCCUCUCUGCAGGUCCCUAAUAAAGCUGUGUGGCAGUCUGACUCCAGG